AGGUAUCUGCAGAGAGAGAGAACACAGCUCACCUGUUGAGGGAGGGCGGAAGUAGGAGGAGGAGCGGCAGAGGUUUGGGGCAGACGUUUUUGGGGUUGCCCUUUUCAACCCUUCUCUUACAAAGUCCAUCCCCUUUCUCAACGCGUCGCUUCCAGGUCUCCAUCCAUCAAGGUGUGCGCGUCCUGCAGAGGAGAGGAUGGAGUCAGUUGUUGCGCCGCGCUCCCCGCUGUGGGUGAUGUGGCAACCGCGCUAGGACACCUGUUUAAUGAUUGACAGGCGCGCGGGAGAAAUGCAAAAGGUCAGGCUGUCGAUGCAGCCUCCGAGCUUCCCGCAGACACUGGGUUUCGAUCUGGCGGGGAUCGCUGAUCCACACGAAGCUGGGCUGCUUUGCGUGACUCUUUAGAAAGGCAGUUCAGGUAAGUCGCCACCUGCCCGGGCCAGCUUUCCAGGCUGAGGCUUAUUGGCCCCCGGCGUGAAGUGAAACCUUCUACCUGCUCCUUAAAUUGCUGUCAUGGUGAGAGUGAAGUGCCAUAAAACUUGGCAGCGUUUCAGUCUCGGUUUGCAUGAUGUCAGACUGCAGUCUUACAGUGCAAGCCCAGCCGCGUCUACUUGGAAGGAAAUCCUGUUGAAUUCAACGCAGCUUGCUCUCACCUCUCAGGGAAGCGGGGUGAGGAUUGCAGCCUAAAUUGCUGGAUUGGAUGAUGUGAAAUGUAGUUUAUUAAGGAGUCCGAAUUAGGCUAGUAGGAUGGCACCUUAAGAGCACAUUUGGGGCUGUUUUGGUUUCAGUGCAUUAAGAGUAAAUAGGCAAUGAAAAUAAUAAAGGAGCAGCAAUUUGUGUUUUAUUAAAUUUUGGGUAUUAAAUUAUUUGCUUCUUGCAGUUCCUUCAGUUUAUUUUUAUUUUUUGGGGGGGAGCACGCUUCUCAAAAUGCCAUAUAAUUAUAGAGAGGCAGUAUUUACUCAAUGGCAAAUGAAUCGCACUCUGUGCAUGCUUGUGGGCUAUCUCACUAUCUCAGGUAUUGGCAUGCUGGCGUUGCUGAAAGCAGUUUCUAAAGCUGAGCCGUACUACUGGAGCUUUGUGUAGGUCUGGAGAAACAGACAAAACCCAAACCUUUGAUCAAUUUCUGCCAUUUGAAAACAUGCAAAUAUUGGGGAUGUAUCUAAGUACUGUGCCUAGUGAGGGGAUUGGGGCCAGUUUGGAAAACUACAAUGAUGGCGUGAGACAGAGAGACACAGCCUGUUCCAUCUUGGGAAAUCAAAAUGUCAUUGCAAUAUGCUGGAACAAUAUGUUUGUUGGACUUCUUGGUGGCUGUUUGACCUAUGUGAAAUCGCAGACAGCAAUCCUGCAGGUGUGGCACGCUCUCUCUUGCUGCUAAAUUAUGGGAUCGACAAGGCACACAGUUACCGGGGAUAGUUUGCAAAGUCAUAUUGGCAAGAGGUUUAUUUUUAUAUGAGUGGAUUUUCACCAGAAAGGUUGCAUCAAGAUUAAAGGUGGAUGAGGAAUGCAGGCUGGCAUUUUGAUGGCAACAGCACCAUCUGCAAAAGUUUUCAUGCAGAAGAACCAUGGGUCCCACAGCAAAACAUUGUCCAGAGGCACUCUGAAACCCUGAAGAGCUGCUUCUGGUCAGUGUAGACAACACUAAGCUAGCUGGACCAAAGCCCUAUAUUUGAAAAGAGUUUCCUGCCUGUGUAUCUGUGGUGCCGUUUCAACUUUGAGGAAUGCCUGUUUCUCACCCUGGCUAAUCAAACCAUAUAUUUCCUCUGGCUUGGAUGUAGCUUGGAUGCUCAGUUUUGGAAAACGAGAUGCCUCCUAUCUACCUAGAGACCACAGCUUUUGGCACGGAUUCUGUGCUCCCUGAUCCCAGGCAGGUAUGGACACCUGUGGGGGAAAGAGACUGAACUCUGUGUAUGCUUAGAGCCACUGUCCUGUUUACUGUUGCACCCCACAAACUCUGGGUAACAGAUCCCCGACUGGAGCGCCCUGGCCAGCCCGUUUGCAAGGUGCAUGCCCUCAGCUACGUGCCAAAAGAGAAGCCAAGCAAACCUCUGCGUACACCGAUACGUGUUUGCCAAGUCUAUUGGCAGGGGACGCCGCAGACGACCCAAGGGAAGCUGCCACUGUGCUUGCUUUGGUGCCGCAAUAAUUCUGCAAGGGCCAUCAGGGAAACACGGUGUUUGUUUUAGCUGCAGUGAGAAUAUUUGCAAUAUUUGAAAAAGUCACAAGGGCUGAUAAGGCAGGGCACAGAGAGGGGGGCAUCUUCUGGCCUGAGCAUAAAAGGGAAGGAGGCUGGCAUUGUUCCCAACCAUUCCUGUAGCCUUUUGGGAGGAAAAGAGAGCCAGGUGGAGCUUAAUUUUUGUUAGGCGUUAAUUCUUUUCUUCCAGAGCUAAUCAUAAGGACAAAAGUACCUUUGAGAAUGGGCAAAGUAUCUUUUUUCUUUCUUUCUUACUAAAGAUUAGGAGAAAUUUACGGAGCCUGGUUUUCAGAUGUGUUGGGCAUCCCUGAUGGGUUGAUGUUGUAGCUUCCUGUUUAUGUUGAGAGCAAUGGCUGUAGCUCAGUGCUAUCAAGCAUAAUGCGUGCAGAAUGUCCCAGGUUCAACACUUAGCAGCACCCCCAGGUAGGGCAGAGAGAGAACCACAGUCUCAAGCCCUGAAGAGCAGCUGCCAGUAGACAAGACUGAGCUAGUUGGACCAAUUGUCUGGAUCUAUAUAGGGAAGAUUCCUAUGUUGUAUUAAAUUUUGGGCAGGCCUAAAGAGAGAGGGAGCGGCCAGGGUGAUCUCAAACCUAUCUGACAAUUGCAGACCUCAGGCUGGUAUGCAGGAUGAGACCCUCCCUGCCCACAGACUGUCUUGCCAGAGUGGUGCAAGCUCUGGUUAUCUCUCGCUUGGACUACUGCAAUGCGCUCUACGUGGGGCUCCCUUUGAAGGUGACCUGGAAACUGCAACUAAUCCAGAAUGUGGCAGCUAGACUGGGGACUGGGAGUAGCCACCGAGACCAUAUAACACCAGUCUUGAAAGACCUACACUGGCUCUCAGGACAUUUCCAAGCACAAUUCAAAGUGUUGGUGUUGACCUUGAAAGCCCUAAAUGGCCUCAGUCCAGUAUACCUGAAUGAGUGUCUCCACCCCCAUCAUUCUGCCUGGACACCGAGUUCCAGCUCCGAAGGUCCUCUGGCAGUUCCCUCACUGCGAGAAGCCAAGUUACAGGGAACCAAGCAGAGGGCCUUCUCAGUGGUGGCGCCCGCCCUGUGGAAAACCCUCCCACCAGAUGUCAAAGAGAAAAACAAGUACCAGACUUUUAGAAGACAUCUGAAGGCAGCCCUGUUCAGAGAAGCUUUUAAUGUUUAAUAGAUUAUUGUAUUUUAAUAUUCUGUUGGAAGCCGCCCAGAGUGGCGGGGUAUAAAUAAUAAAUUAUUGUUAUUGUUAUUGUUAUUGAAUCAUAGUAAUCAUAGAGUUGGAAAAAGUACUGCCAGGGGUCAUCUAGUCCAACCCCCCGGCAAUGCAGGAAUCUUUGGCCCAAAGCGGGACCCUGAGAUUAAGAGUCCCUUGCUCUACUGACCGAGUCACAAGUGGGGAAGCUGCAGUUCUGCAGCAGCAAGGGGGAAAUUCAUUCUUUGCAUGCUCAGAGGCUAUGUGCUUUGUUAUCGUUGCGUGCCUACUUCUGGGGCAAAGCUCUCUCGCCCUGAAAAACAACUUCUGAGUCUGAGCUGCGAAGCACCUCACUUCAAAUUAAGCCCUGGACCCAAAGCCUACCUUUUAAUUUGCAGAAGAGCUGUAGCUCAGUGGAAGAGCUUUGCAUGGGGAUGUUCCACCUCUGAAAUCCUGGAGAGCUGCUACCAGCCAGUGCAGGCAGCAGUGAGCUAGAUGGACCUGUGGUCUGACUUACCAUAAGGCAUCUUCCUGUGAUGCAAUUAUAUAUUUGGUGGGCAGGCAGAGGAGACUCACACUGCAUUAUCAUAAACAAAGUUGUUUGUAGGGAUAAAUGAGGAUCGUUUCUCCUAAGAGGAGUCAGUAAAGGAGGUAUCCUGUUGCUGAAGAGCUAAAUUUUGAGCUUUUACAUGGAAAGGACUGUCUCCAUGGAUAGUGGUGGACCCUCUUUCAUUGCAGACUUUUAAACAGAGGUUGGGGGGCGUGGGCGUAGCCAAAGGGGGGCAGCUGCCCCCUUAAAUCAAUAAAAAUAAAUAAAAAUACAUAGCUAACGGAGGUUAGAAUAGAAUAGAAUUUAUUAUUCAUACCCCACCCAUCUGGUUGGGUAUCCCCAGCCACUCUGGGCAGCUUCCAACAAAGUAUUAAAAUACAGUAAUGCAUCAAACAUUAAAAGCUUCCCUAAAGAGGGCUGCCUUCAGAUGUCUUCUAACUGUCAGGUAGUUGUUUAUUUCCUUGACAUCUGGUGGGAGGGCGUUCCACAGGGCGGGCGCCACCACCGAGAAGGCCCUCUGCCUGGUUCCAUGUAACUUGGCUUCUCGCAGUGAGGGAACCGCCAGAAGGCCCUCGGAGCUGGACCUCAGUGUCCAGGCAGAACGAUGGGGGUGGAGACGCUCCUUCAGGUAUACUGGACAGAGGCCGUUUAGGGCUUCAAAGGUCAGCGCCAACACUUUGAAUUGUGCUCGGAAACGUUCUGCUAACAAAAGGCCUGCCCCCCCCCCCAAACAAAAAUCCUGGCUAGGCCAUCUGUCAGGGAUUCUUCAGCUGUGAUUCCUGCACUGCAGGGCAUUGGACCAAAUAACCAUUUGGGUUCCCUUUUCAACUCCCCAAUUCUAUGCUUCUAUCGUUCCCCCUCCUUUUCUUUUCUUUUAACAGCCUCUGCUCAGACAGUGAUUUUCCUGCCUCUUGCGAAUCUUGGCUAAAUUGCUUCCUUCGCAACAAAACCCACUUGGUCUUUUCCUUCUAACAAAAGGACUGAGUCCUUUUCUUUCUUUCUUUCUUUCUUUCUUGGAUGCCAGUUUGAAAUGCCAUCCCUCCCGCCCUCAAUCCAGCACCUCAGAGCAGUAUACGUUAAUUGUGAAAACCACCACAGAAGAAGUGUGUGUGUGUGUGUGUGUGUGUGUGUAAUCUGGCUUUGCAGCUUUCUUGCUAAACCUGACAUUUCUUUUUCUGCUCUUCUUCCUGCCUUGAUUGCCAUUUUUGCUGUGCUUUGCAGAGUUCUGCUCAAAGGGAUAUUGUCUAGUUGGCAAAGGCUCAGAAAAGGGCGACCAAAAUGAUCAAAAUGGGGGUGGAGUGGAGAAUCGUAGAGUUGGAAGGGACUAGAAUCAUCUAGUUCUUUUUAUAUAUAUAUAAUUUUUUUGUUAAUUGUCAACAUACCGUUUACAACAGUAAUUAAACAUAUUUUAACAUCUUAUACAAUUUCUUCACUUCCAUCAAUCUCAUCUGAAAAUUUUCCAAUCUGGACUGCAUGAGCCUCUGUUACUGAUCUCCUUUUAUAUCACUGAUGGUGCACAGUACGUGAUGGGGAAAAUUCUCAGCAGACUUUAAGAUAAUACUAAUUAAUGGGUUCCCUGGGCAAUAAACCUUCCUGUGUUUAUUUGCUUAGAAGCAGAUAUGUCGUUAUGAACUUGGCUACCUAAGUGAUAAACUAAAGGAGAAGGAAACUUGGAUGAGGAAGGUUACUCUUUGCAGUGUCUGGAUAUUAUCUCUCUGCAAUAAAUAGGCCUUUGCCCUUGCCCUCAGUGUUUUUAUUUCUUAGCGUGGUGAUGCUUAGGUAAAUGCACUCUGCACAUGCCCAGAGUCCUAUCUUGCGGCUCCCCCACCCCUGGGCUAAGCCUGUCAGAAAUUGGAUUUGACCCCCUUUGUCUUUUCUUCAGAUAGACGUUGAUGUUGCCCCUUCCUCAAGAUCUGCAAUAGCUAAUUUCUCUCUUUUCCUUUCCUUCUCUAAAAUUUAACUGUGCUCCUUUGCAGAUAGAGUUGGCGGGCAGAUCCUGAACUCGCUCCACGAACUGAAGGGGCCGUCAUGUGGCAUUCAUUGUUUCCCGCGCUAUCUGCAAACUCUUGGACGAGGCUGACGCAUCCUCCGCCACAGAGGUAGUCAGCUGAAGCCAUCACACCAAAACUCUGGGCUGAGGAUGCAGAGAAUUGGCUGGAGGCAGGAAAUGCCCCUUGGGGAUUGCCACGGAUGUGCCACGCUCCAUGGAGAGCAGCCAGUGCCAGAGAUUGCUGCUUGCGACCUUUCCACAGUAUCCGUGGAGAAACGCAUCAGGUGAGCUCUUGAAAAAAUCUCCCGGUUUUUGGUUAGCGCACUAGGCUAGGCCUUUGGGUGAAGACCCACAGCCCCUCGAAAGAGGUUUCCUUGCCCGCCUGGAAGCAAACUUAACAUUUAUUUCUUUAUAAUAAUAAUAAUAAAUAUUUUUUUAUUUAUACCCCGCCCUUCCCGGUUCAGAAAACUGGGCUCAGGGCAGUGAACAACAAAUUUAAAACACUUAAUUGAUGCAACAAAAAACAGCACGAAACGUGAAUAACAAUAAAUUCAGAAUUCAGAAAUCAAUUUAGGGGGGAAAUCCAUCCAAUAAACAUUAGAUGAUCACCAGGGCUAGCUGGCUAAGUUAGUCCUAUUUGGGCCAGCGAGGAGGCCAGGGGAGAACUAGCUGUGGGAUCCCAGAGCGGGGAAUCUUCAUAUAAAGGGGAGGGGGAGGGAAGAGAAGGGAAAUAAAAGAUCAGCCUGAAUUCAAAUUAAAGGCCAGGCGGAAUAGCUCUGUCUUACAGGCCCGGCGGAAGGAGGUUAAAUCCUGCAGGACCCUGGUCUCCUGGGACAGCAUUCCACCAGGUCGGAGCCAUCACUGAGAAGGCCCUGGCCCUGGUGGAGGAUAGUCUGACUUCCUUAGGGCCUCUAAACUAUGGUUGUUCAUGGACCUUAAGGUCCUCUGCGGGGCAGACCAGUAUUUCUGUACCACCGUAUUGUAAAGUGUUUCAAGGAGGGAGUGCGAAAUGCAAAAUGGAGUUUCGAGAUAAUAAAAGAAUACAGGCCACCUGUGCCUUCAAAGCACAAUGCCACAUUCAAAGCACAAUGAUACCACUUUGAACCGUCGUGGGAAUGGUGGCUGGGAAUAUUGGGAAGUGUAGUUUGUUCAGGAUGCUGAGCAUUGUAAUGAGAUCCCCUCCCAGAACUACAAUUCCCAGAGUUCCCCAUGGAGAGGGUUUUAUUGCUAAACCCUCUGGGAAAGGAAUAGGGCAUCUCGUAAGAACUCUCAGCAUCCUGAAGAAACUACAGCAAAACCAAGAUACCUAUAGCUCCGCUCACGUAUUACGAAAAAGAAUGAAAGUUUACAACUCCUCCCAUUUUUAUUUUCUCCACCUCUCUCUCUCCCUCAAAUUCAUACUACCCCUAAUAAUAAUGUCUCAAACGAAACGUAGCUGAACUGUAUGAAGGACUCUACGACUUGAAAGCAGAGACGCUGAAUGUACUUCUGUUACUCAUGAAAAAAUAUUUGAAUUAAAACAUUAUUUAAAAACAAAAUACAGCUCCCAGAUUCCUUUGGGGGAAGCAAUGGCAGUUUAAAGUGGUGUCGUGGUGCUUUAAAUAUAAAGUGCAGGUGGGGAUACAGAUAAUCACUCAGGAGACUGAUCAAUCAACAUUGAAACGGCUGCAAAGGCCUGUUGCCACACAAAAAAUGUUUUAAAAAGUACAUAGUAAUUGAAAUAAUGCAUAGGGACUUUGAGGGUCAUCUAGUCCAACCGCCAUAUGAAGAAUGGUUGCAGUGUUUGGAUAUUUUUAGUUUAGAGAAAAGGAGAGCAGGAGGUGACAGGACAGAAUUUCAUAAUAUUAUGCAUGGCAGGAUAGAGAAAAUGGACAGAGAAGAGGUUUUAUCCCUCUCUCUUAACGCGCAACGAAGCUGAAUGUUGGAAGAUUGACACAGAGUUAACCUGUGGAACUCCCUCCCACAGUAAUUGAAAUAACAGUUAGAGGUGUUUUUAAAAAAAUUAAGCUAUUUACAGGGUGAGUCCUUCAAAAGAGGCCCCGUGGAUACAGAGUAUACAGGGUGAGUCUCUUUUAAAAGACUCACCCUGUAUAAAUGUUUUUAAAUUCAAGAUGGGAGUUCUGGCAGGUGGUUGGUGGGGUGGUCCUUCUUCCCAGAGUCUGCCUUGGUUUCGUGUUUUGACGGAUCGAUUCCUCUCCCCGUACCAGAGAGGAGCAGGCAUGGCAACUCCAGAAAGCCUUCCAAGACCUGCUCUUCCGCUUCCAGGACUGGCUGUGGGCUGCCGAGCUGAUGGCCGCCUCCCCAAACUCCUCGCAGGUGUCCUAUGCCAUUUCCAAGAAAGAGCUGCAAAGGUUCAAGGUAAGGAGGGACCUCCUGAGGGCCGGGUUGUCUGGCCCUUGCUUUGCAUACACACCAUGCCCUUUAAAGCACACUGCUUCCCUCUAAAGAACACUGGGAAUUUUGUUGUCGUUUAGUUGUUUAGUUGUGUCCGUCUCUUCGUGACCCCCUGGACCAGAGCACGCCAGGCACUCCUGUCUUCCACUGCCUCCCGCAGUUUGGUCAAACUCAUGCUGGAAGCUUAGAGAACACUGUCCCACCAUUUCGUCCUCCGUUGUCCCCUUCUCAUUGUGCCCUCCAUCUUUCCCAACAUCAGGGUCUUUUCCAGGGAGUCUUCUCUUCUCAUGAGGUGGCCAAAGUCUUGGAGCCUCACCUUCAGGAUCUAUCCUUCCAGUGAGCACUCAGGGCUGAUUUCCUUCAGAAUGGAGAGGUUUGAUCUUCUUGCAGUCCAUGGGACUCUCAAGAGUCUCCUCCAGCACCAGAAUUCAAAAGCAUCCAUUCUUCGGCGAUCAGCCUUCUUUAUAGUCCAGCUCUCACUUCCGUACAUCACUACUGGGAAAACCAUAGCUUUAACAAUACGGACCUUUGUCGGCAAGGUGGUGUCUCUGCUUUUUAAGAUUGCUUUUCUCCCAAGAAACAGACGUCUUUUCAUUUCGUGGCUGCUGUCACCAUCUGCAGUGAUCAUGGAGCCCAAGAAAGUCAAAUCUCUCACUGCCUCCAUUUCUUCCCCUUCUAUUUGCCAGGAGGUGAUGGGCCCAGUGGCCAUGAUCUUCGUUUUUUUGAUGUUGAGCUUCAGACCAUAUUUUGCGCUCUCCUCUUUCACCCUCAUUAAAAGGUUCUUUAAUUCCUCCUCACUUUCUACCAUCAAGGUUGUGUCAUCUGCAUAUCUGAGGUUGUUGCUAUUUCUUCCGGCAAUCUUAAUUCCGGCUUGGGAUUCAUCCAGCCCAGCCUUUCGCAUGAUGAAUUCUGCAUGUGAGUUAAAUAAGCAGGGAGACAAUAUACAGCCUUGCUGUACUCCUUUCCCAAUUUUGAACCAAUCAGUUGUUUCAUAUCCAGUUCUAACUGUAGCUUCUUGUCCCACAUAGAGAUUUCUCAGGAGACAGAUGAGGUGAUCAGGCACUCCCAUUUCUUUAAGAACUUGCCAUAGUUUGCUGUGGUCGACACAGUCAAAGGCUUUUGCAUAUUAAAGCACACUGCUCCCCCCCCCCCAAGAACGCUGGGAAUUUUAGCACUGUGAAUUGCAGUUACUGGGAUUAUUCAGGGGAAUCCGUGUGUUUUAAGUGUACUCUGUGUCUUACGCAGCCCUGAAGCUGCAGUUACAGAGCUUCCCUUGCCAGGUACGCAUUUGAUAGCUUGGGAUUCGCCAGCCCUUUUAUCUUAAAGGAGCAGCGAUGGGCCAAAAAUAACAAAUGAGCGAACAAAUGAGGCAUUUAGGAAGGAUGGGCCACCUUUCUGAGGGGAGCCAGCGGGGGAGAGAAUGCGCCUUUGUUCUCUUCCCCACCGACACUUUUGUGUGAAUUAACAACUUUUGGAGCCGCAGCAAUCCAGGUCACCUUGUGUGGGUGUUUGUGCAGACAGAGAGGAACGGAAAGAUGAGAACGGCUCGCUCAGAAAUUCAUAGCGCUCAAAGCAAGGCAUCUGGACUGCCAGCCAGCAGGUGGAAUUGCUAAAAUGGAGACGAUUCUGGGACUCGCUUAAUUUUGCACUGGUGCGUUAAUUGACAUAGCAGCAUCACUUAUGACGAACACAAUUUGCACGGAAAUGUUGCAGGCGCUGUGACUUUUGCUGCUUCUGGGUUACACGUCUCUCCCCCUCGUUUGCUCAGUAUAGGUAAUUUAUAAAGCACCUAUAAUUUUCUUAUUUGUUUUAUAUCCCGCCUUUUUCUCCAAGGCGCCCACCCUCCUCAUUUCAUCUCCACAACAUUAAGUCAGUGCACUGUGUGGCUCAGUGGGUCAGUCUGUGCAACCAGAAGGUUGGUGGUUCAAGCCCAGCCAGGGAUGGCUGUGGGCAAGAUGCCUGCGUUUCAGGGGGUUGGACUAGAUGGCCCUCGGGGGUCAUUUCCAACUCUACAAUUCUAUGAUUCUAGCUGAGAGGCAGCGAGUGGCCCAAGGUCACCAGCGCUGAGCUAAGCUUCAUGGCCAUGUGAGGAUUUCAACCCUGGUUUCCAAGGUGCUAGUCAACCACUACAUCACAAUGGCUUUCAUCACAGAACCCAGAGAUCUGGAAUAAAUACAGGCCCCGCCCUCGGGCUUCACAGUUGAACUAAAACUGUUCUCCAGCCCUGGCCAUACGUGCUGGGGUUCUUGGCAGUUGUAGCUCAGGCAAUAUUUGGAGGGCCUACGCUUCUCUCACACCUGCUUCACGGUGAGUAAACGUCAGGGGAAUGGAGGGUGCACAGCUGUCAGACAAGAACAUUUAUAAUAAUAAUAAUAAUUUAUUAUUUAUACCCCGCCCAUAUGGCUGAGUUUCCCCAGCUGCUCUGGCCGGCUCCCAAUCGAGUGUUAAAAACAAGACAGCAUUAAAUAUUAAAAACUUCCUUGCACAGGACUGCCUUCAGAUGUCUUCUAAAUGGCAGGUAGUUGUUUAUUUCUUUGACAUAUGAUGGGAGGGCAUUCCACAGGGCAGGCGCCACCACCGAGAAGGCCCUCUGCCUGGUUCCCUGUAACUUGGCUUCUCGCAGUGAGGAAACCACCAGAAGGCCCUCGGCGCUGGACUUCAGCGUUCAGGCACACUAUUCAACUUCUAAGGAUUUUGCCAGGGGGCUGAUUUGCAAAUCUGGGGACUGUCCCCGGGAAACAGGGACACCUGGUAACCUUACAUUAAUAACAUUUUAUCACCCAUUUAUUUGUUUUCAAGCAGCCUUGGACCACUUUGUAGGGAGGUGGGGGCAAAGAAUUUUGCCUGCUCUAGUCUCAAUGUUCCCUGUUAACAGAGAAAUCUGAGGGCUCCCUUGGACGAAAAGACAAGGACACCAGCUAGGAAUACCAGAGCAAAACAGCAGCCAGUUGGCUUGGUCUUGAUUGAAGACUGCUGCGACAGGACUCCCACCUGCCACCAGGUGGAACAAGAUGGAAGCCCAGAACGAAAGAGCCCCAAAACUUUUAUUAGCUGCUAAUCCCCAUGUUACACCCCCCCCAAACUACAUCACUAAUAUAUCACAGUUACAUCAUGAAAGGGGAGAUCUGAGCAUCCUGGACCCUGCCCUAUGGUUCCCCUUGCCCUCCACCAAACACCCAUCAAGUGUAACAAAAGAGAUCUUUACAUUUCCCUGUUUCCCAGCCAAGUUCAUCCCACCCUUUUGUCUUCAACUGGGUUUGUUGUUUCUGGAAUGGCUACCUGUCCGGCACUCAGGUAUCAAGAUGCCAGGGAUUAUCCCUCAGGCAGAGGGGCUGCUGAGUAGCUGAGCUCACAUGUUUAUGAAUUUCUGAAGUUUUCCCAGUGGGCCAGUACAGAGAUACAUUUAUCAGUGAAUUCUUACAUUUGGUAUCGUGCAGCAAAGGCCCUUCAAAUAGAUAGGAAGAAACUGUGAUGAAGUGUUUUGUGGGGACAAAGCACAAAAGUCACAAAAGUGAUUGUGCUGAUUUUGGUAGUGGGCUGCAUGUGCAUGAUAUCUGCUGGAGGGGCAAACCCCCCCCCCCAACCUAUACAUAAAUUCCUGCAACAUCCUCUCUGACAUUUUUCAUGGCUCCUUUUCAGAUGCUACAAAGACAAGUGUCAGACAAGCUGCUUCCUCUGGAAUCCUUAAACAGGCGAUACCAUCAGCUGGUGAGGAGCGGGGCCAUCGGCCCACAGCUCCGGCCCACGGUGCAAGAGGUCAACCAGCGCUGGGAUGACCUGCAGGCUCGGACGGCUGCCAUUUGCAAGAGGCUGAAGGUGGGUCCUGGUGGGCGCUGGACCUUGGAGGUCCACAGUCACCUUGAGGUCCACAUUCCCUCCGGGACAACUGAAAUAUACUCGGCGUCGAGAGUGGAUUUCAUGCUCUUUAUUCAGCUCAUACUGCUGAGGAGGAAUGGAAAUUCCCCCAGAAUGUCUGCUUUAUAUGCAUUAUUUACACAAUGGGCCCCACGUGAUUGGCUAAUUCAGGGAUUCUCCUGUAGGCCAAUCAGGUUGCGGAUUCACUUCCACCUGGAGCUGGAUUGGGUGGCUGGUGUGGACCAAUCUGACUGCUGCCUUCUGGAUCCUAUUGUUCUAGGACCAAUCAGACUGCUGCAUUUUGGAUCCUAUUCAACUCACUACAUAACAAUAACCUUUCGAGGGCCACAUGCCAGUGGUCUGUGGAGCAGCAAACCUGAAUUUUAACUUUAUACACUGGGCUGGUUCAGGAACACAGGAAGCUGUCAGAUCUUUGCUCCAUCUAACUCAGUACUGUGUACACUGACUGGCAGCGACUCUGCAGGAUUUUAGGCAGCCCUGUCUGGAGACGCCACGGACUGGACCUUCCGCUUACAAGACAGACACCCGACUGCUGAGCUAUGGCUCUCCUAUGCACCUUCACAAACACCUGUCUCCUCCCUCCAUUGCCAGAACUCAAGAAUAUAUUAUUCCACCCAAGGAAAUCGGGACCAAUGAGGGCUGUGUCUUGGGAAGGGUCCUGGGGGCCACAUAGAGAGGUCUCGAGGGCCACAUUCAAACCCUGGGACUGUGGCUCUGCAAAGGCGGCCACAGAUGCGGCCUAGGACCCCCGUACCUACGGGACCGCCUCUCCUGGUAUGUCCCACGGAGGACCUUACGGUCUUGGAGAUCCCGGGCCACAGGGAGGUUAGGCUGGCCUCAACCAGAGCCAGGGCCUUUUUGGCCGUGGCCCCGAUCUGGUGGAACGCUCUGUCACAAGAGACUAGGGCCCUGCGGGACUUGACAUCUUUCCGCAGGGCAGGCAAGACAGAGCUGUUCCGCCUGGCCUUCGGUUUGGACUCGGUCUGACCCUUAUGUUUCCCUCCCCUUAUGGUCUUGAUCUAUGGGCUACUAUUAAAAUGAGGCUGCAUUUUAAGUGGCAUUUAAACCUGUAUUUUAAAUUGCGUGUCCCCGCCCCCCAUUAUGUUUAUAUUGUAAUUUUACUGGUAUUAGCUGCCCUGAGCCCGGCUCUGGCCGGGGAGGGCAGCAGCUCUGGCCGGGGUAUAAAUAAAAUUUAUUAUUAUUAUUAUUAUUAUUAUUAUUAUUAUUAUUAUUAUUACCCAGUGCUGUGGAUCAUGCAUCAUACGAUUCCACAGGUAUAACCUAGGCCAUUUUUGGAUAGCUGCUUCAGGGCAGAUGUUCCUCCCACAAUAUUGUCCAGGUAUCUCUUAGCUCUGUGAAUAAAGGGCGGUGUUUGAUAUGUUCUUGCCCUUCCUUCCCCCUGCCAGCAUUUUGUGAACCAGUGGGAAAAGUUUGAGCUGGAGAAAGAGACCAUCCGGGUGUGGCUGGUGGAGCUGGACCUCCGACUCACAGACGUGGAGCACUUCUCCGGAGGGACGUCGCUGGAGAAAAUGAUACAGCUGCAGGUAGGGAAAAAGCUGAGGAAGGGGGGGAAUCAAGAGUUUGCACUCUUGCAGUUUUCCCACAAGGCUACACGUUUCUCCAGGGAUUCACCGAGUGCUUCUGGAGUCUGGUAUCUCAGCUCAGGACCUGGCAUCUUGAGCAGGUGGACAUUUGCUGAGGAAAACAUUUCUGGACACCUCAAUGUUCUUGCAAAUAAACAUUUUAAAAAUCCAUGCAUGGAUAGUGUCCAGCAAAAGCUCAGAAAUUUAUCUUAUUUCAUAAUAAUUUCAGUGCUAUUUGUUUUUUUUAAGUGCUGGUACUCGCCAUGAAGUUGUUACAGGAAGUGCCACAAUUUAAACAUUGGGGGGGGGGGGAGAUGUUGGUACUACAUACCUUUGAAUACCCCCAGAAAAAAGCACUGAAUAAAAAUAUAUAUUUUGCUUGAUUUCUUUCUUUCCCCCCCCAAAAAAUUAUUGGUUUUUCAAAUUUAUAACAAACAUAAACAACAUAAAAGACAUAAAUUUUGUUUGAUUUCUUAAAAAAGCAAAGCAGUUUACAAAUAGGGGGGAAAAACCAUAGAAUUAUCAGUAAAAACAGUUGAAAACAGCAAGAAGAACUACUGACGAAAGAAGAAUGGAGGAUGAAAUUGAUGGACUAUGCAGAAUUAGAUAAAUUAACAGGAAGGAUUUGAAACCUGCGGGACCAGCAAUUCUCAGAAGACUGGAGUAAAUUUAGGGACUAUUUGAAAAGCAAUUGUGAUGAACAGAUUACGCUAGUAGGUUUGCAAGAAGUUUUGUAAGGUGAAUUAUUUGAAAUAUUGCAAAGAAGAUAAUGAGGAGAAUUAUUAGUUAAGGGCAAUUAAAGGUAAUAUGAAAUUAAGAAAUGCAGAAUAAGUGAUAAAGAACGGAAAAUCAUCAGAGGUGUUGACGGAAGUCUAAAAAUAUUGUAGAAGAUGAGAAGUUAUGUUGUAUGACUGUUGGAAUUGAUAUGUUAAAAAAUUAAUAAAAAUGUAUAAAAAAGAAAACAGCAAUUUAAAAUACUGUAUUUUAAAAAAAUUAAAAUCGGCAGUAAACGAAAAACAGAUGAAAAUACACAUCUAAAGCCAUCCAGGUUGAUGUCAGUCACUGCCUCCUAUCAUCCCUGACCACUGGUCCUACUAGCUAGGGAGGAUGAUGGGAAUUGUAGUCCAAAACCAGCUGAGGGAUAAGCCCUUUGCCUCUCUCUUUCCUGACGUCCAGGCAUUCCAGCAAGACGUGCAGGCCAAUGCAGACCGCGUGGACCACCUGCUGGUGCACGGGGAAGCUCUGAUCCAGAAGAGCCAGCCUGAGGACGCGGAGGUCUUGGAGGAGGAGUUGCAGGAGCUGAGCUGCUUCUGCCAGGAGGUCUUCCGCAGAGUCUUCCGCUUCCAGGGACGACUGGUCAGCAUGCGGCUGGUCAGUACCGGGGGUCUCCCUUGCUCAGGAAGAGGGAGAGGGAAUCUGAUACGCCAAUCAAGGCAUUGGAGAAGGCGAGCCGCAGAUUAGGAUUAGGUUAAGCUUACACGUAUAUAGUAAUAAUAAUAAUUUAUUAUUUAUACCCCGCCCAUCUGGCUGGGCUUCCCCAGCCACUCUGGGCAGCUUCCAACCAAAUAUUAAAAUACAGUAAUACAUCAAACAUUAAAAGCUUCCCUAAACACAGCUGCCUUCAGAUGUCUUCUAAAAGUUUGGUAGUUUGGUAGUUGGUGGGAGAGCGUUCCACAAGGCGGGCGCCACCACCGAGAAGGCCCUCUGCCCGAUCCCCUGUAACUUGGCUUCUCACAGGGAGGGAACCGCCAGAAGGCCCUUGGAUCUGGACCUCAGUGUCCGGGCUGAACGAUGGGGGUGGAGACGCUCCUUCAGGUCUACUGGGCUGAGGCUGUUUAGGGCUUUCAAGGUCAGCACCAACAUUUUGCAUUGUGUUUGGAAACGUACUGGGAGCCAAUGUAGGUCUUUCAGGACCGGUGUUAUGUGGUCUCUGCGGCCCUUUCCCAGUCACCAGUCUAGCUGCCGCAUUCUGGAUUAGCUGAGGUUUCCAGGUCACCUUCAAAGGGAGCCCCACGUAGAGCCCCCGUAAAUAUAUUCAUUGCCUGGUGGCUGCAGUUUUUAUCUAGUUUUGAGAAAAGGCAGGAGGUGACAUGACAGUUUAUAAAAUUUUGCAGGGCAUGGAGGAAGUGGAUAGAGUAAAGGUUUUCUCCCUCUUGCACAGGUGAGAAUUUGUGGACAUCAGUGAGGUUGAAUGUUGAAAAAUAAAAGAGUUCGUUUGCAAAGUUCAGGGUUAAUCUGCGGAACUCGCUGCCACAGGAAGCAGCCAUGGCCACCCACUUGGAUGGCUUUAAAAGAGGAUUGGACAAUUUCAGGGAGGAGUGGGCUACUAGCCAUGAUUUUUAUGCCCUUCCUGCACAGUUGGAGGGCAGCAAUUCUUCUGAAUACCAGCUGCUGGAAACUACAGGAAGGGAGAGCUGCUCCGUGUUCGAAUCCUCCUUGAGGGUUUCCCACGAUGGCCGUCUGGUUGGCCACUGUGAGAACAGGCUGCUGGACUAGAUGGGUGUGGCGAUCACACAGGGUCCCCGGACGGUCUAUUGAUCCCUGUGCCACCACUAUGAUCACUUCCGCGCUGCCACCAACCCGUUUCUCUCGGGUACACACUGAGUCCUGACAGCUGUUAACAUCAAAACAAAUAAUCCAGUUUAUUUUAUAAGCCUUAACAAGUUUAUGGUUUCAGAUAAUUUUUCUUGUCAGUUUCUUAAUCUUAGUUCCUGUACCGGCCUAUACUUUCCUAAUAACUCUUAACUGAUUAUCCCAACUGUCUCUCUGACUCCUCCUACAGUUUCUCUCACUUUCUCACAUCAAAACUCAACCAACCCACAGACUCCCUCUUCCAACUCCCAACUGACUUCCCAACAACUCCCACUCUAACUCCUCCCCUUGGGUUCCCACUGGCCAAUCACUGCACACUCAUUUAACCCUUUCCUUAUGACCCACCUAGGAGGGCAAAUGCCACAAUGGGCCAUUGGCCAGUUCCAGCAGGCUAUGUCCAUCAAAUGAUGAGUUGCACGUCCGAAUUGCAUGACAGAAAUUGCACAGAAACCGCUUACGAGGGUGCAGAAUCCAGCCCCUUGCAAGUGAAGGGCACUGCUCAAGGGCAGAGCAUAUUUGCAGAGCAUAUCUCCAGGUUCAAUCUUGGACAUCUCUUUAGGAACCCACAGCACUAUAUCUUGAAAGCACAUGCAAAGCUCGUUCUUCCCCUCAAAGAAUCCUGGGCUAAGCUGGGAACUGUAACUCUGUGACGGGAAAACGACAGCGCUCAGAAUUCCUCUAGGGAAAGGAUGUGUUGCAAAUGGGCAUUGAAGGUGCAGUGAGUUUACUGCCUGAGAUUUCUUUAAGUGGACGAUAACUCUUCCAUGUCUGCAGAGCUCUCUCUUACCUUGCCCCCAGGUCUUUGAGGAUGAGUGGCUGUCUGACCGGGACAGUGAUUUGGAGUCUGAGUCCCUUGCGGAAGAAUCCCUGGAUGGGCCGCCCCAGCCUCCUGCUGCCCCCAUGCGUCAGUCGACCCCAAAGAACCCCUCUCUGCACCGCCAGCAGCCAGCUCCCGCUGUGGAGACAAACGUGGAUCUGGAGUGGGAUCCUUCUGUGGAUAUAGGGGGAUCUACGUCGCAUGACGAAGAGGAUUCCUCAUACUCCAGCGCCAUCACAGGUAGGCAUGGCCUGGGAGGGAGGGAGGGAGGGAGGGCACCCCCUCCGUGGGUAUGGAGCUGGGUUGAAUCAUGACACAGGAACAAGGGCCCAUCUGGUACGCAGGAUGAGACCCUCCCUGCCCACAGACUGUCUGGCCAGAGUGGUGCAUGCUCUGGUUAUCUCCCGCUUGGACUACCGCAAUGCGCUCUACGUGGGGCUCCCUUUGAAGGUGACUCGGAAACUACAACUAAUCCAGAAUGCGGCAGCUAGACUGGGGACUGGGAGCGGCCGCCGAGACCAUAUAACACCGGUCUUGAAAGACCUACAUUGGCUCCCAGGACAUUUCCGAGCACAAUUCAAAGUGUAGAGCUUUAAAGCCCUGAACGGUCUCAGUCCUGUAUACCUGAAGGAGCGUCUCCACCCCGAUCGUUCUGCCUGGACGUGGAGGUCCAGCUCCGAGGGCCUUCUGGUGGUUCCCUCCCUGUGAGAAGCGAAGUUACAGGGAACCAGGCAGAGGGCCUUCUCUGUGGUGGCACCCACCCUGUGGAACGCCCUCCCACCAGAUGUCAAGGAGAUAAACACCUACACAACGUUUAGACUAUAUCUGAAGGCAGCCCUGUCAUUGGAAGCUUUUAAUUUUUGAUGCUGUAUUUUUGUUGGAUGCCUCCCAGAGUGUCCGCGGCAACCCAGUGUGAUGGGAGGGGUAGAAGAAAUAAUUUGUUGUUGUUGUUACUAUUACUAUUAUUAUUAUUAUCAUCAGCAUCAUUACCAUCGUCUCCACCCCCAUCAUUCGUUUCAGAGUUUCUGAGCACCUACACCCAUCAAACAGGGACAGGGGUGGCGCUGUGGUCUAAACCACAGAGCCUAGGGCUUGCCAAUCAGAAGGUCGGCGGAACGAAUCCCCGUGACGGACGUCAAAGUGCAAAUAGAUAAAUAGGUACCGCUCCGGCGGGAAGGUAAACGGCGUUUCCGUGCGCUGUUCUGGUUCGCCAGAAGCGGCUUAGUCAUGCUGGCCACAUGACCCGGAAGCUGUAUGCCGGCUUCCUCAGCCAAUAAAGCAAGAUGAGUGCCGCAACCCCAGAGUCGGCCGCGACUGGACCUAACGGUCAGGGGUCCCUUUACCUUUUACAGCCAUCAAACAGCACCUUCAGCUCUAUGAGUCUUUCAUCGCAGAAGAGGCACUGUGGUUAGGCUGUUGGGCUAGGACAGGCAUGGCCAAUCUUGGCCCUCCAGCUGUUUCAGAACUACAGUUCCCAUCACCCCUGACCACUGGCCCUGUUAGCUAGGGACGAUGGGAGUUGUAGUCCCAAAACAUCUGGAGGGCCAAGUUUGGCCAUGCCUGGGCUAGGACCUGGGAGAGCAGGGUUUGAAUCCCCACUCAGUCACAGACCUUGGGCCGGUUACUGCCUCGUAGCUGGGGCUGAUGGGAGUUGUAGUCCUAAACAUCUGGAGGGUGCUGGGGAAGGCUCAUAAGGGCUGGAAGUUGACUUUUUAAAGAAAACAGAAGCAGAUAUUCUGAUGUGGUCACUGAUAGAUUGGGCGGCAGCUGGAUUCCUUUCCCCUGUUUUGUUACCCUGCAGGUAUGGGCCAGUGGGAAGAACCUCGCCGGAAGUGCAGGCCUUCUGUUUGUGCAUCCCGUUCCUUGCCUUUGAGAUGUGGCAGCCAAGAAGACUUUUCUGUAAGCAUUUGGGAAUGGCUGGGGUGGGUGGAAGAGGUCUUACUCCCAGGGCUUGGUAGGAGGAGAGAGCAGGAAUACGGUUGCUUCACUUUUCUGCCUAAAAUAGGUAUAUACAGCAACAAAAGGAUGUUUUAAGCUGGCCAGUGGCCCAUCUAGUCCAGCACCCUCUUCUCACAGUGGCCAUGCGUGGACUAGGACCUGGGAGAGCAGGGUUCGAAUCCCCACUCAGUCACCAAGCUCACUGGGUGACCUUGGGCCAGUUACUGCCUCGUAGCUGGGGCUGAUGGGAGUUGUAGUCCAAAACAUCUGGAGGGUGGCAAGCUGGGGAAGGCCAUAAGGGCCAACCAGAUGUCUCUUCUGGGAAACCCGCAAGCGGGACCCGAGUGCGAGAGCAACUCUCCCCUCUGAAUGUUGCGGGUGAGCAAUAGCCGUCCUGGCUAGGGGCCAUUGAUAAGACUUCUCCUCCAGGAAUUUGCCCACUUGUCUUUUAAAGCCAUCUAAACUCAUGGCCAUCCCUGUCUCCUGUGGGAGAGAGUUCCACAGAUUAACCAUGUUCACCCCGCGCCACGUAACCCCUCCUCCCUACCCCAUCUGGUUUUCAGAAUGGCCGAUUCCCCCACCCCAAAAUCUUGCCGUUCUUCUUGCCAAUUUAAUAGUUUUCCAUGUGGUUUCAUAACUGCCCCCAUCUUUCCCCUCCUUUCUUACAGGUGCAAAAUGGCUUCCAAGUGGAGUGGGAUCAAUUCAGUUCCUCCGUCACAGACCAGGAAAUAAAAAGGUGCAGUUCUGGUAAGUCCUUGCAUUUGAUCUCCCAGGGUCUUCUUAGAGGAGAUGCUGGUUUAAUAAGCUGAAUAAUCCCUUUGGGUGUGCCUGGAACUUAUUUGUAAAAACAUUUUCAUGCUGUUAUUUCAUUAAAACAAAAUCAAAACAGUUUACAACAAGAGGACAUAAAACCAUACAAAUUGGAAAAACCAUAUGGAAAGUCAAAAUCAGAAACCACAUGAUUAUUUUGAAAGAUGUGCUCUUAAUUGCCAGCACAGACUUGACAAAAUAGAUACGUUUUCAGCAGGUGUGUAAACUCUGGCACAGAAGGCUUUCUCCAGAUUGCCAGCAUUUGGCGAGACUGAGUCAAUCACGUACUGGAAGUUUAGAUUUUUGCCCACUGAUAGUAUAUUAAAGCACUCUGGUGUGAAAACAACCACAAUUGUUUCUUAAUUAUUGUUUUUACUGUGUUUUUAGUGGUUCUUAUCUCUAAGCUGACGAAUCCUGUCAGGGGAAAAGUCGGAGUAUAAUUUAUUGUUGUUGUUAUUAAUUUACGCAGUUAGGAAAGUGAUGGGGAAAAUGUGCUAAAAGUGUGGAUAAAUGACUGGUUAAAGUCCAGGGGUCAGCAAACUUCUUCAGCAGGGGGCCGGUCCACUGUCCCUCAGACCCUGUGGAGGGCUGGACUCUAUUUUGAAGGAAAAAAUGAAUGAAUUCCUAUGCCCCACAAAUUACCCAGAGAUGCGUUUUAAAUAAAAGCACACAUUCUACUCAUGUAAAAACAUGCUGAUUCCCGCAACGUCCACAUGCCGGAUUUAGAAGGCGAUUGGGCUGCAUCCGACCCCCGGGCCUUAGUUUGCCUACCCAUGGGUUAACGGAAGACCUAUAACCACCACACAAGCAACUCAGGAUGGAUGUUCAGUGCCAUAUAACCUGCUGGCAAGCAAAUGAGAAACAAAUGCUCCAUAAAGACCAGGCACGUCCGUUUCCUUCUUGUUUGCCAGCGCUCUGUGACCAUCUACUCUGGAGACUGGCGUUCCACUUUAGGGUCAGGAUUCCCUCCCUGAUCUGAUGUUCUUCCUGGCUUCUCUGGUAGGACCGUCGCACUCAUGGGAGCUCCAGGGAUGUCAGCACCCCCAAAAUGGGCGGCCAGAGAAAGGGAGCCCCCGCCAAGCAGAACCGAUGGGAUUUGACCCCCAACGGAUUGAGACUUGGCUGGGCCAGAGCUGCCGGGAGAAGAUGGGAGGGAAGCUGGAACAAGUAAGUUCUUCUGAUGGAGCAGGACGAGAACAUCUCGGGUUGUAGAGAACGUCUAUAUUGGGGGCAGGAAUCUCCUGCUCCCUCUGGCUGUGCCUUCUCUGCACCAGGCUCCUCCAAGCUCUUGGGACGGCAACUCCCGUAACUGUGCAGGCUAAGGGCUGAUGGGAGUUGUAGUCCAAAACAUCUGGAGAGGGGGGGCACCAGGUCGAGGAAAGAUGGUGCACACCAGUGUUUCUCAAACUCGAGUCCACUACUCCCUGGUGAGAAUUCCAUUCCACCUUAAGGAACAGACAUGAGAUUGUUGCAUGUCACAUGUCUGUUUACAUUCCAGCACGGUAUGCUGGGAACUUCCCUUUGUGUAUAGCUUUUGCUUUUGCUGUUCUCUCCAUGAGAGAGAGACGAAAUGUUUCUUUGUUCAGAUUUAUGUUCAAUAAAUCUGUAGCUGUAGCAAGACUUAUGCCUCAUGCCUACUUCUGUGUGCGCAGUUGUUGUUGUUGUUUGUUGUUUAGUUGUGUUCGACUCUUUGUGACCCCCUGGACCAGAGCACGCCAGGCACUUCUGUCUUCCACUGCCUCCCACAGUUUGGUCAAACUCAUGCUGGUAGCUUCGAGAACACUGUCCCACCAUCUUGUCCUCUGUCGUCCCCUUCUCCUUGUGCCCUCCAUCUUCCCCAGCAUCAGGGUCUUUUCCAGGGAGUCUUCUCUUCUCAUGAGGUGGCCAAAGUCUUGGAGCCUCAGCUUCAGGAUCUGUCCUUCCCGUGAGCACUCAGGGCUGAUUUCCUUCCGAAUGAAGAGGUUUGAUCUUCUUGCAGUCCAUGGGACUCUCCAGAAUUCCUCCAGAAUUCAAAAGCAUCCAUUCUUUGGCGAUCAGCCUUCUUUAUGGUCCAGCUCUCACUUCCAUCCAUCACUACUGGGAAAACCAGAGCUUGAACUAUACAGACCUUUUUUGGCAAGGUGCUGUCUCUGCUUUUUAAGAUGCUGUCUAGGUUUGUCAUUGCUUUUCUCCCAAGAAGCAGGCGUCUUUUAAUUUCGUGGCUGCUGUCACCAUCUGCAGUGAUCAUGGAGCCCAAGAAGGUCAAAUCUCCCACUGCCUCCAUUUCUUCCCCUUCUAUUUGCCAGGAGGUGAUGGGACCAGUGGUGUCACUCUAAUUGCGUGCCCUGGAUUUUGAAGUUUGGGUGACUGAUUUACGUCAGAGCACGGGCCGAUGGAAGGAGACGUCCGAGCUGGGCUUGCCAGCUGGCCUCCCGGCCCCUCUGCAUGUCAACGCUCCCAUCAUCCCUGACCACUCAUCCCACUAGCUAGGGAUGAUGGGAGUUGUAGUCCAACAACAACCGGGGACUCAGGUUUGAGAAAUAUUGGUGUACUCUGAGGGUCAGUGGCUGUCCAGGGUUUUAGCCUUUCCCAUCUUGGCCCUACCUGGAGAUGGCAGGGAUGGAACCCAAGGCCUUCUGCUGCUGCUGCCUGCCAGUGUAGCCAACACUGAACUAGAUGGACCAAUGAUCUGGCUCCAUAGAGGGCAGCACCUUAUAAUCUUACGGUCCACUCUGCAGGUCACUGGGACUUGUGGGCCUGUCUCCCUACGUGUCCUCCAUCUGCAAUUCCCAGUGCAAUCCCAGGCAAGCGGGAAACGACCAAAGAGGCAGAAGUCACAGCAACGGGCGAAGAAGACAACUUGGCCAACCCCAGCCAGCAACGCUGAGCAGGUAAGCAGUUGAUAGGUUGGGAACACUGGGGAACAAAUCCCUGGAUCUUUGUGGCUUCGCUGCCUUGGGCUGCAACCGAGAAAGGAAUGGUUGGAGAUCCUGAAGCUGUAAGGAAUGCACUUCUGAGCAUGUGCAGAGUGCUUUCUUUGGGUAACACUGGACAACCUCCAGCCACUUCCACUCCUCUGGAUUUAGGAGGCCCAUUGAGCUUGUGCUUCCUACCAGACUUUAGCCCUGGUGGCAUCUCCUUGCAAUAAUAAUAAUAAUAAUAAUAAUAAUAAUAAUAAUAAAUAUUUUUAUUUAUACCCCACCCUCCCCAGCCAGAGCCAGGCUCAGGACGGCUAACACCAGUAAAAUUACAGUAAAAACAUAAUAGGAAAAGAAAAAAAAAAGCAAUUUAAAAUACAGGUUAAAAUGCCAUUUAAAAUGCAGCCUCAUUUUAAAAGUAGCCCAUAGAUCAAAACCGUAGGGGGAGGGAAACAGAAGGGUCAGACUGAGUCCAAACCAAAAGUCAGGCGGAACAGCUCUGUCUUGCAGGCCCUGCGGAAAGAUGUCAAGUCCCUCAAGGCCCUGGUCUCUUGGGACAGAGCGUUCCACCAAGUCGGGGCCAGUGCUGAAAAGACCCUGGCCCUAGUUGAGACAGUCUAACCACCUUGCGACCUGGGAGCUCCAAGAUGUUGCCAUUUGUGGACCUUAAGGUCCUCCGUGGGAACAUAAUACAGUGGUGCCUUGGUUCUCAAACGCCUUGGUACUCAAACAACUUGGAACCAAACACUGCUAACCCGGAAGUAAGUGUUCUGAUUUGUGAGUGUUUUUUGGAAGUCAAACGUGCUCUGUUUUGAGUGUUACGCUUCCAAUUUGAGUGCCACACUUGCUUUUUGAAUAUUACGCUGAGGUCUGUCUGGUUUUUGCUAUUUAUUUUGCGUUUUUGCGGCUCUUUUUUUGUUUUGUUUUUGUGACUGUGUGGAACCCAGUUCAGCUGCUGAUUGAUAGAUUGUGUGACUGCAGUAUAUUGUUUAUUGCUUUCAUUUUAUGGAUCAAUUUUUUUAAAAAGCCUGGAAUGGAUUAAUCUGUUUUGCAUCGCUUUUUAUGGGAAAGCACACCUUGGUUUUCGAACGGACUUCUGGAACGGAUUAAGUUUGAGAACCAAGCUACCACUGUAAAUGAAGGCAAACCAACCAUGGCCCCCAAUCUCUCUUGCCACCAACGAAAACUAAUUUUCUAUUCGUUUCUAGCCCUCUUGGGAGCUUUGAACAGAUAGGGCCUGCUUUUUCUUUUCACUCUCUGUGCCUGUUUUCAUAGAUCUGCAAGGAGGAGCACCUCGACUCCCGGCCAGCAGAAAUCGCAAUCACCAUUGAGCAGGGGUAAGUGAGCUUCCUUCCAAUUUGACAUAGACAUCUCUCUGCUGGGCAGCUGUUCGGCCUUGGAGCCAAGUCUGCUAUGAUUCUGACGGCUCCAACCCUGAGAGGCCAAAGAGGGCUGUGGGAGGAGACCUCUGACGCUGCUGUGGAAGUGACCUUUUGAGGUCCUGCAAGUCCAUAAAGAUGCGAGUGGCGCUGUGGUCUAAACCACUGAGCCUCUUGGGCUUCUUGAUCAGAAGGCUGGUGGUUCAAAUCCCCGCAAUGACAGGGUGAGCUCCCGUUUCUCGGUCCCUGCUCCUGCCAACCUAGCAGUUUGAAAGCAUACCAGUGCAAGUAGAUAAACAGGUACCGCUCUGGUGGGAAGGUUAUCGGUAUUUCCAUGUGCUGCUCUGGUUCGCCAGAAACAGCUUAGUCAUGCUGGCCACAUGACCCAGAAGCUGUACGCCGGCUCCCUCAGCCAAUAAAGCGAGAUGAGCGCCACAACCCCAGAGUCGUCCGUGACUGGACCUAAUGGUCAGGGGUCCCAUUAGCUUUACCGUAAUAUACAAUAAUAAUAAUGUAAUAUAGGGACUUGGGUGGCGCUGUGGUCAAACCACUGAGUCUUGCCGAUCAGAAGGUUGGCGGUUCAAAUCCCCACGACGGGGUGAGUUCCCGUUGUUUGGUCCCAGCUCCUGCCAACCUAGCAGUUCGAAAGCAUGUCAAGUGCAAGUAGAUAAAUAGGCACCACUGCGGAGAGGAGGAAAACGGCAUUUCUGUCCGCAUUUCUGGUUCGCCAGAAGCAGCUUAGUUAUGCUGGCCACAUGACCCGGAAGCUUUCUGCGGACAAAUGCCAGCUCCCUCAGCCUAUAGAGCGCCGCAACCCCAGAGUCAUCCGCGACUGGACUUAACAGUCAGGGGGUCCCUUUACCUAAGUCCAUAAAGAAUGCUGUAUUAUUUUACUGUUGUUAGCCACUCUGAGCCCAGCUUUGGCUGGGAGGCUGGAAUAUAAAUAAAAUAUUAUUAUUAUUAUUAUUAUUAAUUUAUUUAUUAUUCAAAGAAGUGUCCCAACCACCAGAUUUACGAAUCUGAACCAUUAGCUUCUCCUUCCAGAUCCAGCCUACAAGAGCCUUUGAUCAUCUCCUGCCUCCGAACCCAGAAGCCCCCCAGACUCCCCGCCAUAUGGAACAGGACGGUGAUGAUCCUCAGCGCCAUCCUGCUGCUGCUGCUGCUGUUCCUGGCCAGCCCCUUUCCUCUGUACCCGUCGGAGCUCUCGUCGGAGCUCUCCUGCCUCCAGGAAAACCGCUACGCCAGAUCCUUCCACCUCAUGCUCACGUACAGUGGGCCACCACCCACUUAGAAGGCAGGGAGUGCUGGUGCGGCGUGGACUCUUCACAGUGCGUGGAGAGAAGAAAGUUGUCUCUGGGAGUUCCACAGGCUCUUCCUCCAGCGGGUUCCAGAAUCUGUUCCUGCAGUGCAGUGCCCGGCUGCAUCUGGUCAGAGAUGGGCUGUAGCACCUAGUGAAAGGGGAGACAAUACCCCCCCCCCAAGUGUUCAAUUAUUAGUUGUUAACACAAAUAUUCACUGUUAGGCCCAUUCUCCUCCAUUUAUUUAACUGUUCUUAAAAAAGAAGGAACUUGUAUCCAACUACGCAUGCCCCAUACGUUUGCGGCACAUUCCCUUCCUCCUAAGAAUCCUGGGAACUGUAGUAUGCAUCUCACAGAACUACAGUUCCCAGCACCCUUGACAAACGGCUAUACCCAGGAUUCCUUUGUUUGGUGUGCUUGAAAUGUAUGAUGUGCACACCGCCUUUCUUCCAGAGUCACAGAAGUCAAGGAACCUAGGUUAGACAUCCCCAUUAAGUUCAGUGUGUCUGCGUACAUCACCCUGAGGCUAGGAGUUCCGUAGAUCGCAGGCAGCUGCAUUUUGAAACGCAGGACCUUAGGUGGUAAUUCUGGCAACCUCUGCUCUUUGGCUGCUGUGUUCCACUGAGCCACGUUCCCUCGCUAGACGUGGCAACAUCUGGAAUUCCGGGGGGCCUUUUCUGCAGAACAUUUUGCUGCCACAGACUCUGCUUGAACAUGAGCAAGCCAGUGCCCAGCAGAAGGCCAGAGAAGAUACACCUCCUGCCUUCAGAGAAGCCAGGCGCCACCAGAACUGAGCAUGUAUAUGACCCCUUCAUUCCACUACCCCUUCUUUAAUAUAUUUGGCAUCAAAGGUUUUCUAAUAAAGAGGAGAAAAA